UCUUCGUUUUUCAGUGUCGUGCGUUGAUUUCAUACCAAAGUCAUACUUUACAUUCCACCUUUACUCUCAAACCCGGAGAAAUAUUUAUUGAAAAUAAAAAAGGCGCAUGAAAAAUAAACAGUUUAAAUGAAUAAACUUUUACGUUGCGCUUGAAAAGGCUGAAGUGCGAACCAAGCAAAAGCUUCUUGAAACUCCGCUUCAAACUUCCCAAAACUUUUCUAGGGGAGAGGAGAUCUUUAUUUUUGCCCGGGGAUCAAUUGGAGACGAAAACGAAAAUAAGAAAACGUGGAUUGCUGAAGUAAACGCGAUUUCAUUAACCACCAUCUCAGUAAUCUUAUAGCCGUCCUCAUUCUGGGGCUCGUUGCCGGGCCCAGGGGUAGCCGCCAUCAUUGCGUCCAACGAGUGGAGUGCGAACGGCAGCCCGGAGGAGGGGCGGGACGAUGGGCCCGAUGGGCUGGACAAGACGGGCAUGGACGGGGACGCUGAAGGGGUGUGGAGCCCCGAUAUCGAGCAGAGCUUCCAGGAGGCCCUGGCCAUCUACCCCCCCUGCGGCCGGAGGAAGAUCAUCCUUUCCGACGAGGGAAAGAUGUAUGGGCGGAAUGAGCUCAUAGCGAGAUACAUCAAGCUACGCACCGGGAAGACCCGCACAAGAAAACAGGUGUCUAGUCACAUACAGGUGUUAGCGCGGAAGAAAGUUCGGGAGUACCAAGCGGGCAUCAAGGUUUCUAGCCAUUUGCAGGUUCUCGCCCGGAGAAAGUCUCGCGAGAUACAGUCAAAGCUGAAGGCCAUGAACCUGGAUCAAGCCUCUAAAGACAAGGCCCUUCAGAACAUGGCCGCCCUGUCGUCGGCUCAAAUCGUGUCUGCCAGCGUGAUGAAGAGCCAGCUGCCCCCCCUGCCCCAGCCCCCCUACCCUCCACCAGCCAGGUUUUGGCCAGGCCCUAUACCAGGACAGCCUGGCCCCUCUCAGGACAUUAAACCAUUUGCACAGACCCCAUACCCCAACCUAACAGGCCCCAUUCCCACUCCCAUAUCAACGUACGAGCCCCUGCCCACCCCGCUCCCCCCGGCCGCCACCGCGGUGCCCGUGUGGCAGGACCGCACCAUCGCCUCCUCCAAGCUGCGCAUGCUGGAGUACUCGGCCUUCAUGGAGGUGCAGAGGGACCAGGACACGUACAGCAAGCACCUGUUUGUUCACAUCGGGCAGACAAACCCCUCGUACAGUGACCCGCUCCUGGAGGCUGUGGACAUCCGACAGAUCUACGACAAGUUCCCAGAGAAGAAGGGAGGCCUCAAGGAGUUGUACGAGAAGGGCCCGCAGAACGCCUUCUUCCUGGUCAAAUUCUGGGCGGACCUGAACAGCAGCGGUAUGCAGGACGGGCCCGGCUCGUUCUACGGCGUGAGCAGCCAGUACAGCAGCACUGAGAACAUGACCAUCACCGUCUCCACCAAGGUCUGCUCCUUCGGCAAGCAGGUGGUCGAGAAGGUGGAGACGGAGUACGCCCGUAUGGAGGGCGGCAGGUGCGUGUACCGAAUCCACCGCUCCCCCAUGUGCGAGUACAUGAUCAACUUCAUCCACAAGCUCAAGCACCUGCCGGAGAAGUACAUGAUGAACAGCGUUCUGGAGAACUUCACCAUCCUGCAGGUCGUGACAAACAGGGACACCCAGGAGACCUUGCUGUGCAUAGCGUUUGUUUUCGAGGUGUCGACGAGCGAGCACGGGGCGCAGUACCACGUCUACCGGCUCGUCAAGGACUGAGGGUCUCCUCGGGGCGGGGGC